AUGCCUCCCACUCACUGCUGCUGCGUCUUUCUGGCUUGGCUGCCUGAGCGAGGAAUAAGGAACGGCCAGAAUCACGCCGCGGGCCCAAGCCAAGGACGCAAUUUACCAUGCCUGCACGCCGACCCGCUUCUUCCUCCGAGCCCACCUUCUAAGAGCAAGUUUAGCCCCGGCCUAUUACCAAGACGGUUUGCUCUGCACUCGAUCCCGGCCUUGGGCAAUCAAUCAUUCGACUUGGAUGGACCCGCCUUAGCUCUUGCUGCGAGUAAUUUGCAGUGCUCUUCAAGCAAAGCUGGAUGUAGCUGGUCUCGUGUUGACGGCGAGAGGCGCACGCACUGA